AUGGGGUCCCCCCAGGGCUACCGGGCAUCGUGGUGGACCUUCCUGCUGCACCAGGCGCCGCACAUCAACUUCCAAUUCGAGGCAGUCGGGAGCGAAUUUGCCCCGGAGGACUGGGGGUACCAGCAGGCAUUGCUGUUUCUGGCUAGCAUCUCGGGUCUAUGCUUUGCUAUCAGCUUGGUUCUCAUCUGUGUCUACCUGAUCCGCUUCUGCUGUUGCAGCAACGAAGAUGAUGAGGAAACCAAGACUCAAAGAGUUUGCUGCGUCACCUGGAGCUGUGUGGCGGCCGUUAUCAUCUGCUGCGCUGGGAUUGGCAUUGGUUUCUAUGGAAACAGCGAGACCAACGAUGGUGUGUACCAGGUCACCUAUUCACUGCUGAAUGCCAACCACACGUUAAGCUCCAUCGAUACUCUGGUCUCAGAAACAGUAGAGCUACUUUCAGCAACUGUGCGGGGGGAGCUGACCCAGCUUGAGGAGGCGCUAUCCCCACGGACUGACCUGGUGGUUGUAGUCCGUAAUACUCGCCGCCAGGCCGAGGCAGUGGCACAGACUCUGGAUGGCGUCCCUUUUUGGGAGGAAGCACGUAGCGGGCCUAGCAUCCUAGCAGAACAAGUUGGCUACCUGGAGGACUACAGGUGGCUGGCCUACAUUCUGCUGCUCCUGCUGGACCUCCUCAUCUGCCUCUUCACCUUACUGGGGCUGGCGAAGCAGAUCAAGUGGCUGGUAAUCGUAAUGACUGUGAUGAGUUUCCUAGUUCUCGUCCUGAGCUGGGGCUCCAUGGGGCUGGAGACAGCAGCAGCUGUGGGGCUGAGUGAUUUCUGCUUUGAACCAGAUGGCUACGUGCUGAACACAACCCAAGCCAGAACUGGACUCAGCCCAGAAAUCCUGCAAUAUUACUUAUCCUGCAGCCAAGAUGUCUUUAACCCUUUCCAACAGAGGCUCACCAUGUGUCAACGGGCGCUGUCCAACAUACACUCUCAGCUGUAUGGACUGGAGAGAGAAGCUAUCCCACAAUUCCCAGCUGCUGAGAGGAACAUCCUGUCCAUCCAGAGCACUUUGAACACCACGGAAAGCAAUUUCCAUCACCUUGUUGCUUUGCUAAACUGUCGGGGACUUCACAAGGACUAUGUGGAUGCCCUGAAAGGACUAUGCUACGAUGGCAUGGAAGGGCUGCUCUUUCUCCUUCUCUUCUCCUUCCUCUCUGCCCUUUCCUUCACCACAGCUGUCUGCAGUCUGCCCCGUGCCUGGAAGAGGUUUCAGAACAGGGACUCGGACUAUGACGACAUGGAGGACGACGACCCUUUCACGCCCCAGGCACGUAGGCCGCCGAUGGUGCGCGCGGGGGGCGCCGGGCCCACCCUGCCCGGCUCCUAUAGCCACUGUUCAAGCUGGGGCAGCCGUGGCAGUCUGCGCCUCUCAGCCCCCCCCAUUUCCAACGCCCCCGUCUCACAGUACAUGAGUCAAAGCGCUUCGUUCAGUGGCAGUCCUCGAUUUGAGAGUGUCCCCCUCAUUGACCGUCAUUCCCCACCCCCUUCGUAUUCCCCCAGCAUGCGAGCGUCUUACGUCGGUGCUAGCGAAGAAGUGGAAGCCCCCUACCGGACCGGAUUCCAGCCCUAGAUGCAACCCAGAAGACCCCCUACCUACAUCCACACCAUCUGACUAACACAGAGCAGAUUCCUCCCCACCCCACCCCGAAUUUCUUCUCAGAGUGCAACUGAAGUGUGCCCUAUCACCACGUCAGUCCCCUGGCCCUUUCUUCACUCACUUAAUUUGCCUGGCCUCUGGAAGAAAACCAAGGAAUGGGGUUAUCACUGUUGGUAUAUAAAGAACGUUAACAGAGGCAAGAACGAGGAGUGAAAAAAGAUAAAAGGGGGGGGGGGCAGAGACAUGGAACAGAAUAAGAAGAGGCAUGAUUGAGGACUAGGACAAAGGAGAGAAGCAAGAAGGCUGAGCAAUGAACAACGAAUGAAUGAAUGAGAAAAGUGCUCCUUACUUGCAACCGCUCCCUGACCCCGACAAAGCGGACUCUGGCCCACCAAACCUUAUGCAAUGAGAAAUGAGGAAGUCUUUCAGGGGUUACAAGAUUCUUUUUGUGGCAAACAGCUACCCUUUUUUAAAAAAAAGAGCAGAUGAGAGGUUAGUGAGUAAAAAUAAACAAUGAAAGAAUAGGAACACUAUAUACAAAUGCGUGUGUGUGUGUGUGUGUGCAAAAAAAGUGAAUGAAUGGAGGGACAGAGCAAAUGUGUGGCAGGAGGGGAAAAUGGAAAGAGAGCAAAAGGUUGAGGGUGUCCCCCCCCCUCCCCACCAGCAGCAAACUCUGCCCUGCUCCAUGCUCUCAGAUCAAGUAGACCAGAAAGCUUGAAGGAACCUGUCAGGACCCACAGAGAGAUCAGACGGAAGAGGGGAGUCCAGCUGGGGGCCCAGAACCUCCCCUGCUCCCCGCCAGCCUCUUUGCUCCUAAUUAGAGCCUCCCCCCCACAACACUAACAAGCGUUUGGAAUUUGCCCAGUUUAAA